AUGCAACAACCUCGAUCCGCUGAAACGUCAUGUCGUGGCUUUCGUUGUUGCCGAUCAAUGGCGAAGCUGAUUAUGCUGCGUACGCACGCGUCAAACUCUGGUGUCGUCGCCAGGCGACUCCAAGCGGCUCUCACUCGUCGCUUUCUGCCUCUCGCCGUCGCGCUGACCGUCGUUUAUUUGGCAUUCUUCGAGCUGCGACCCAGCCUGCUCUCCUCUGACACCGCACAGCCCACCCAACCCUCACCCCAUUUCCCGCAAAGCGGCUGCGAGACAGCGAGGAACUGUCGCGGUACACUUCUGGACAGAUAUGUCUAUACCGCGGACGCGGAAUUCGAGUGGAAGGACACGGGCAAUCGCAUGCGAGCCAAGGAGCCUGGGGGGUGGUGGACGGGGUAUGUGCUGCUCGUGAGAACCCAACGCUGGCUCAACCAAUCCGUUACCAACCGAUUCUACUGGUGGCACCACGUGACGCUUAUUGUGCCGGACAACUUGUCAAGCGCCAGCAAGGGGCUCGUGUUGUUGUUCGUUGGGUCGGGGUGGAACGACCACGGUGGGGACGACCGGCGCUACCACCUCCCCGACCACACCGACGAAUUCAUCCGCAUCGCUGCCCCGCUGGUGGUGGAGCUGGGCAUGCUGGGCGUGAUGGUGCAUCAACAGCCCAUGAUGCCCAUCACCUUCUACGUCUCCCCGCCUGGCGUCACCCGCAGCAUGAGUGAAGAGCUUCAGGAGGAGGAGAUCACAGCCUUCACCAUGGGCAUGGCAGUGUACGACCCCAGCACGCCCGAGUGGCCCAUCUACAUGCCCAUGGCCAAGUCCCUCAUCCGCGCCAUGGAUGCCGUGCAGCUUGCUGCCAGGGAGCUGCUUCCACAUGUGCUCGUGGAGGGCUUCGUGAGUAUCGGAGUGAGCAAGCGCGCGUGCAUGGCUUGGCUCUCUGCAGCUCUCGAUAAGCGAGUGGUGGCCUUCAUAUCGUACGGCUACGAUCUCAUCAACCUCGAGCCCAACAUGCAGCACCUGGUGGACUCGCUGGGCGCCGUGCCCAUCAUGGGGCGCUUCUAUGUCGACUACAACCUCACGAGCUUCCUGCACUCGCCCCUGCUGCCCCCCCUUCUGAGCUACACGGAUCCGUACUUCUUCCGGGAGCGCCUCACCAUGCCAAAGCUCCUCAUCGCCGCCUCCAACGACGAGUUCUUCUCCAUGGAUGACUCGUACUUCUAUUUCAACGACCUUCCACCGCCCACGCUGCUGAAGAUCGUGGCCAACUUGGACCACAUGGUCAUUCAUAAGUCCUACUGGCCUUCCAGUCUCCCAGACGCAGAGGCAGCAGCAGUGGGGGCGGCAGUGGGGGCAGCAGUGGCAGCGGCACAGAAACCCCCCUGGGAGUGCGUUCCUGAGCUGCCAGCUGUUGACUGGCCGCAGCUGAGGUGGCGGUUUGAUUGGCCCACGUUCACCAUCCAUGCCACGUCAGACAGGAAGCCAUUGGCGGUUAGAGCAUGGACUGGGCACACGAGGCCGGGUAGCAAGCGGCGGGACUUUCGACUCAUCGUGAAGCAAGGGAUCACUGGGUGUGUGUUCCCCUUCAAGAGUCUGCCAGGUACCUACGUAGCCAAGUUCGGCACGCUCUGUGUACAGCCCAUCCCGUUCCUCCUGCACGCCGUCUCGCCGCCCGCACUGCAGCCUGACGGGCUCUGGCACUUCAGCUCCUCCGUCAAAGACAUUCCCAAGGUGGGCUAUCGAGCACUGUUUAUUGAGCGAGGCGAAAGCAUGGCGCUCUCUCUGCGACAGAAGCAGAUAGACGCCAUCGUGCGCAUGCUCAACCUCAACAGCCCCGUGGUAGUCACGGUGGGCGGCGGCCUGUCGUCAGACGGCGACGUGUACAAGGUGCUUCUGCUCGAUAGAUACUCCCGCGACCUCAUCUCGCCGCUCCUCAAGGUGUCGGACCUGCGGCGGCACGGCAUAACGCUGCACCUGAUGGUGGACGCGGAGCGGCAGCCCAUCCCGGACGUGCCCGCAGUCUACUUCCUGCAGCCCACGCCGGGCAACAUCCAGCGCCUCGUGCACGACGCCACGCGCGGCACGUACGACAAGAUGCACCUCAACUUCACCUCCUCCGUGCCCCGGCUUCUUUUGGAAGACCUUGCAGCCGGGACCCUCAAGGCGAAUGCGCUGCACCGCGUGGCGCGGGUGUUUGACCAGUACUUGGAGUUUGUGUGCCUUGACCACGGGUUGUUUUCGCUCAGGCAGCCCGAUAGUUACGUGCGGCUGAACGACCCAAUGGCGAAGGACAAGGACGUGGAGGGGGCAGUGGAGAGUAUCGUGAACGGGCUGUUCUGCGUGCUGGUGACGCUGGGAGUGGUGCCCGUGAUUCGCUGUCCGGAGAGAGGGCCAGCAGAGAUGGUAGCGAGGCAGCUGGAUGCGAAGCUAAGGGCGCAUCUCGCCACGCACAACAACCUCUUCAAGGAGGCAGCGGCAGGCGCGCUGGCAGCAGGGGCGGCCGCUGUGGCGUCAGGGGGAGGGGGGGUGGGAGCGGGGGCAGGGGGGGCCGGGGCGCUGGGGCUGUUUCAGCGGCCGCUGCUGUUUAUAGCGGAUCGGAAUUUCGAGCUGGCGGUGGGGGUGCAGCAUGAGUGGACGUACCGACCCUUGGUGCAUGAUGUGUUGGGGAUGAAGCUAAAUCGAGUGAGCAUUCACAAGGGAGGCGCAGCAGGGGGAGCAGUUGCAGGGAGUGGGCCGCUGUCGCCGGUGCUGAAGGGAGCUGGUGGUGGUGGCGCCAAGGCGACGAGUUAUGAGCUGGAUGACUCGGACAGCUUCUGGGUGGCUCAUUCAGAGUCCCCGUUUCCCAAGGCAGCCGAAGCGGUGGACAUGCUGCUGAAGAAGUGGACGCAGGACAAGGAGCAGGUGAACGCGGCCUCGCCCACGGGGGACGCGUUCUCAGAGGCGGAGGAGGAGGACCUGAUGGGGCGCACGAGGCAGCUGUCGGCCGCCAUGAGCGCCGUGCCGCAGCUCAUGGAGCGCAAGCGAGUCAUCGACAAGCACGUCACCAUCGGCGGCACGCUCCUCGAGGAGAUCAAGUCGCGCGCGCUCGACGCGUACUUUUCUAUGGAAGAGGAUCUGCUGACCCGGGGCAGCACUGACCGGGCGGCGAUGCUUGACUUACUCAGGAAGAGGGGGUCCAAGGAGGAUAAGCUGCGGCUGGCGAUAAUCUACCUGAUGGCGACGGAUAAUGCGAGUGCGGGGGAUGUGGAGGCGGUGGAAGCGGCGUUGAGGGAGCAGCAGGUGGACCUGGCCGCUCUGCAUUACAUCAAGCAGGUGAAGCGCGUCAACUCAAGCUUUGCUGCGGUGGCUGCCGCGGGGGGUGGGGCGGGAGGAGUGGGCGGCGUGGGCGGCAGCAAGGAUGAUCUGCUGGAUUGGGCCGGGCGGCUCGCUGGGCAGGGUUUGUCACGUGUGACUGCUGGUGUGAAGAAUCUUUUGGCUGGGGGUAGGCAGCUGCAGCUGACCCGGGCAGUUGAAGCUCUCAUGGAGGGCCGGCCGGGGCAGGAUACAGAUUCUUUUCUCUGCCUUGACCCGAAGGCCCCCAAGGGAGGGAGCAGCAGCACAGCAGCAGGGGGCAGCAGAGGGGCAGUGCGGGAUGCAAUUGUCUUUGUGAUUGGAGGGGGGAACUACAUGGAGUAUGGGGGUUUGCAGGAGAUGGCGAGGAAAGCAGGGGCGGGGAGUGGGGCGGCAGGAGCACGCACGGUGGUGUAUGGGACGACUGAGAUGCUGGCGGGGAGUCAGUUUGUGGAGCAGCUGUCAGAGCUGGGGAGGAAGAUGGGGUACAAGGCCCCUCCCCCACCUGUGGAGUCUGUGGGGGGAGCAGCGGGGGGUGUUUCUGGAGGCCAUAGCCUACUAAUGGCACGUUCGGCUAUGCGGAUUAACCGACAGACGGCCGUCAGCCGCUGCCGGCCGUCAACUCUGACGGUGCGAGCGGCGUCUGACGGUCAAGCGGCAGCGGAGACGGCUGAACCACAGCCGGCAUCGUUCGAUGCGUCGCUCGUGAGCAAGAACAACGUCCUGGUGCCUGACUCGGAACUGAGCAUUACCAAGACGUCGUUUGGCACCAUCGGGCUGACGGUGGGGCUGCUGCUGCUGUCGUACGGCUUCGGCGCCUACUUCCAGUUCCUGCCGGGCUCUGAGUCCUCCGCCCUCAUGCUCACCUACGGCUUCCCCACUGCGCUGAUUGGAUUCGCUCUCAAGUAUGCGGAGCUCAAGCCAGUGCCAUGCACAUCGUAUGCUGACGCUGUGGCGCUGAGGGAGACACAGGCUACGCCCAUCCUGCAGCAGGUGCGCAGUGAUGUCACGCGGUUCCGCUACGGAGACGAGCAGCACCUGGAGGAGGCUCUCAAGAGAAUAUUUCGUUACAACCUGUCGGGAGGCAUUCAGCGCAGAAACGCACCUACACUCACCUCUAUCAGCGAGCAGGUGUACAACGGACGGUACUCCCUGGUGCUUGUCUUCGAGGCCCCGGCUCUCUCUAAAGCGGAUUUCAUGGAGAGGCAGGCCAAGUUGACAUCCUUCUUUGGGCCGGGCGUGCAGGCCUUGAUUGAGGAGGUGGGACCCAAGACCUUCACCGUGCGCCUGGUGUCAACCUAA